GUCCCUUUAAUCCCUUUCUCUCUCUUCUUUUUCUUCUUUCUCUCUUCCCUUGUCGUCUUCUCAUUGCUUCCUUCUGCUCCUGAAAGCCACCAAUAAUUUAAUUAAACAAAAACAAACACUGUAAUUCAAACAGUUGAAUCAUCAUCAUCAUCAUCAUCCUCAAUUAAACCUACCCAUUUGAAUCUGGAGAUCUCCUUCUGGAUGCAGACAUUUUGUUGCACUUACCAUCCUUGGUGUAGGGGAGAAAUGAGGGAAAAGAAAAUACUUUGUGGGAUAACUUGAUUCUGAUGCAAGGUCAAAGGAGAACUGUUGGAUCGUUCCCAACAAUUAUUAGUAUGAUGCAAGGGCCCAGUUCUCGUGGCACUGAUACAAAUCAUCAGUCUUCCUUGAAUCAUGUGCAAAAUGCUGUAGAUUCCCGAUUUUCAGAUUAUAGGGGAUCUUUUGGUGAGACUGCAUAUUUAUGUAGUACUAGUCAUGAUGUUCAAAGCUUCAGUUGUUGGAAUUUAGGGGAAUCUAGUUCUAGACUGAAUCUGACCAACCAAAGCAAUGCGGAAGGUCUAAAAUCAGAACAUGGUUCGUCAUCUUCAUAUAAUGCUACUAGUGAGGAUGAUCUCGAGUAUGAGGAAAGACAAUUUGAACCAAAUAGAGUAAUUUUUCCUGUUAGCUCAAGUAAUAACCUACAUGGCAAUCAAUCUAGAGUUUAUCCUUCCCUUUGGCAAGGCUCUAGUUCUAAUCGUAUUACCCAAUAUAUUAGUCCAGAUAUGGGGCAUAUUGCCCAUGCUUCUGACCGUGGGAAGGGAAAAGAAGCUAGUAGUAGUGUUGAUGACUAUAAUACUAGUGGAAUAGAUAGAGAAAAGACAUUAUUUGGCAGUGCAUCAUGCAAUUACAUAGGACCUUCAUCUGAAAACUCUGGAUCCAUGGCUUGGGUUGAAGGUGAUAGUUCUAGGCAACUGUGCUCAGGAGGAAGCUCAAGCACGCUUGCACAAUCUGAAAAUGAUUAUUGGCCUAUUGGUCCUGCUGAUCCUAAUGCUUCUAGCAACUUAAGUGAUGUUACAACUUUGGAGGAUAUUCCUGUUACCAGUCCUCCAUUACUGCAGAAUGUAAGAAAUGAAGUGAGACAAAAAGUUUCCAAUGCAUUUCCUUUGAUAAGUAUUGCAGAAAAUCUAGAAAGGCCUGUAAGAAACUUCAAUAGAAGAAUGAGCCAACUACAGGAUCAGGAAUCUAUACAUGUCAAUUUACCAUCAAUAGGGUGUUUUAGGCAUCAUAAUCAUUCUUCGCUGAAUCAAAUACCCAGCUCUCAGUCACUUAAUGAUUCAUUGGAAUUGAGGUUAAUAGCUGAAGUAACAACUGCUAAUUCUGGUACUUCUUUAAACCAAUCACCUGCCCAACGCAUCCAUUCUUUUCCUUUGAGUAGAAUCGCCAAUCCUAGGGAGGGUAGAUCUUCAUUUUCUUAUAACUCUGGAGAUAGAGUUAUUCGAGAAGAUUUUAAUUUGAGAGUGUUUCCCAGAGUUAGUACUGAGCACCUUAUGAAUGCACCUGCAUCUUUACAAUAUGAACCUACACAUUGGCAUACACCUUCUGGUAAUGUGAACUUUUCUGAAGGUGUACCUCCUCGAUCCUGGAUUGGAUCUAGUCCAAAUGCCCACUCUUCACAUAACUCUGGCUGGAAUUUUAAUCAUGAAGUCCCAAUUGAAAAUGUGCACAGUGUGUCAGAGUUCAAUCUUUGGCCCCCUUUUCCAUCAAUUUGCUCUGCAUCUGGUGUUCAUAAUGGUCAUUCUACUCCAUCUUCCUCUGGUCCUCCCUCGUUUACCCAGGGUUCUGGCAACAAUCAAUCCUAUCUAAGAACAACAUUGUUAACGGAAAGAAGUGGUGCUGAUGUUCUCUCUAGUCCCCAUUCAUUGCAAGCACUAACCUUCGGCAAUGAGGGGAGACGACAACUACUAUCCGAGAUUCGCGAGGUCUUGAUGGCAAUGCGAAGGGGUGAGAACUUACGAGCUGAGGAUUAUACGUUAUUUGACACUUUCCUAUAUCAUGGCAUGGCUGAAAUACACGACAGACAUAGAGAAAUGCGCCUUGAUGUUGACAACAUGUCUUAUGAGGAAUUGUUGGCAUUGGAGGAACGUAUAGGAGAUGUUAGCACUGGAUUGAGUGAGGAUGUCAUUGUUAAGUUGAUGAAGCAACGACUUUACACACCACUCAUGACACAGUCUUCUAAAGUUUUGGAACCUUGUUGCAUUUGUCAGGAGGAAUUUGGUGAUGGAGAGAAUGUUGGAUCACUGGAUUGUGGGCAUGAGUUUCACAGUGCCUGCAUCAAGCAGUGGCUAAUGCAGAAGAACAUCUGCCCCAUUUGCAAAGUAACAGCCUUAGCUACUUGAUAGGGAGUAACCUUUAUCCUGUGUCAGUAUUUAUAACUUGUUUUACUUUAUGAAGUUCUUUUUGUCAUGAUCCGGGCACAUGUCUUCUUAAUUCUACUUCGAGUCCUUGCUUAAUUUCAUUAGUGAAGACUCUACAAUCUUAGUCUAUUUAUGGAUUUA